GAGGCUUAAUUUCGAGCUGCCUAUUUGGCACUUUGAUUGAUGCUCUCGCACUCCAGCCGACAAGGCUGCCUGAGCCGAAAGGAAAGAAGAACAUAAACAGACAAUCCCUUUCAGUUUAGUCUCACUCACUAUCACAGACAUUUACUUUUCUCUCACGCACGCACGCACACACGCCCGCGUGCGCACACACACACACACACACACACACAUACACACAUGCAUCCACACCUAUUAGAUAACGACUGGAGCAAGAGCAGAAUACGUUUUAAGCUCCAAGAUAAGGCGCGGGGCGUGCAGCACCUCUGUACCUCGCGGGGGGCUCGCGAAGGCCAUGGACCAUAUUGGAACGCAUCUCCAGCAUACUCACGUGGAGCCCAUCAGCUUUGGGAUCGACCAAAUCCUGAACAAUGUGGACCAGAGCUACAUGCUUGGCGGUCGGAUGCCUGAUUCGGACUAUGGCCUCAGCUGCGUCGGAUACAACACCAUGUCCGGUACGUUCACCAGCAACAACUCUGGAUAUAACAGCAACGCAUGUGGGGUCGCAAAUCUGAGCGGUACUUAUAACAUGAACAUGGGGAUGAGUGUGAAUGGGAAUAACGUCAAUGCAGCCGGAGUCAUCCGUGUGCCGGCGCACCGGCCUCUGAACAAUGGACAUUCCAUCCAGGGCAACAUGUCCACGAUGACAGGCUCGAUUAACAACCUGACGGGAUUUACCUUCCCCUGGAUGGAGAGCAACAGAAGAUACACAAAAGACAGGUUCACAGUGGCCCUCUCACCCCUCACUGUAACACGCCGUGUAGGUCACCCUUACCAGAACCGGACGCCACCCAAGAAGAAAAAGCCCCGAACGUCUUUUACUCGACUGCAGAUCUGCGAGCUGGAGAAACGAUUUCAUCGACAGAAGUACCUGGCUUCCGCAGAGCGCGCGGCUUUGGCUAAGGCCCUCAAGAUGACUGACGCUCAAGUCAAAACAUGGUUUCAAAACAGAAGAACAAAAUGGAGGCGGCAGACUGCCGAGGAAAGAGAAGCAGAGAGACAGCAGGCCAACCGGAUCCUAAUGCAACUUCAACAGGAGGCUUUUCAGAAAACGAUAAACCAACCAGCAAACCCAGACCCACUCUGCCUGCAUAACAGCUCCUUGUUCGCGCUUCAGAAUCUCCAGCCGUGGACUGAGAACACCGCAAAAAUGAGCAGCGUGUCAGCAUGCGAAUGACAAAGUGACUGGUUAAUUUCUCUUCUUCUCAAGAUUCAUGAGAAACAACUUGUUCAUAUCAUGAACAGGAGUUGACAAAAACGAUUCACAAGGACCAGGAUUUAUCUGACACUGCCUCUAAAAAGAUUAGGUGGAAACCAAAACAGGGCCUGAGCCCAAAAUCAACGUGCUUUUUGACUGUGCAAUUUUCGGUUUCCGUGUACCUGUCGGUUUUGAUUUAUUAGCUAUUUUCCCCAGAUUUUUCAGUAAAAUCUCCAGUUUUUGUACUUAGCCUAUAUAGACCUAGCCCAAUUGAUUCAAAUAAUCGACUCACUUCUUUUAGCACUUCUCUCUUCCAGGAAAAUAUAUAGGCUAUCAUAAUCAUGUGAGGAAUAGUGAUUCAGUAGUAUGUCUGUUUCUCAAAACAAUUACGUUUCGAUAACAGUUAAUAUUGAUAACAAGAUUUAUCAACAUGUUUAAUGGAGUUGGGUUAGACAACCCCUUCUCUGCAAGGAAGAAGCAGUGAAUAUUGGUUUCAAUUUCCCACCUCAUUAAGUUUCUCUGAUGUAAAUUAAUAAUUAUCUUGUAAUUUUUACCACAUUACACAAGCACUUACAUACUUAGAUUAUACUUUAUUGCACUCUGCUAUUUACCUGGUAUUCGAUAAGAAAUUAGGGUAGCUAUUUGGCAAAAAAUUAUCCCAUAGUACUUGUUGUCUUUGUCUUUAAAACAAGCACAAUGGUAGCAGAAUAAAGAGUGGCUUCAGAAUUUUAUUUUGCAGGAUCUUUUCUCCACCCCACUAAAAGAUCAAGAGCUUCCAGAAACUUCUGUGCAUGGGCAGAUUAUGAUCAUAUUUAUAUUGUCUUGAGUUGAAAAACGUGAACAUUAGGUAAUUCUUUUCUGUUAACAAUCCAAUCCAUUGUUUGAACAUUAUGUAAUUUCUUAAUAAAUACCAGGGAAACAGUUGAAUUAUCACUGUAAAAAGG